AUACGAGAGAAUUUUGAUUACCUGCAAAUCAAGGCUGACAUUCAAAAGCAAAAAGGACUGCUUACAGAUGCAGCUGAAACACUAAAUUUUGCUAAAUCAAUUGCUUUUCCUAAGUCCACUGGGAAUGAUAGUCUGAGAUUUGUUAAAAGGAUACCUGUUUCCAAAAAAAUUAAUUUAUUUGUGGAGCUUAUAAAAAUUUACUGUGAUUUGAAUAAACAGGCUCUAGCUAAUGAGGCUAUACGUGAAGCAACUGCAUUAUUUCGGGAAACAAUGGAGUUUGAUCGUCUUCGAUUUGCAAUUUCAUAUUUUGCAGUAUCUGGAAAUGAUAUUGAAGGUGCUUUAAAAAUACUAGAGGAGAUUAAACCUGGUAAACCCUACUAUUUUGAAGCUUUGCAACAAAGAGCUGAGAUAUAUCUAAAUCAAAAAAAGAACAGGAUUAAAUUUGUCAAUUGUUACAGGGAAGCUGUGAAAGAAAGUACUACUAUCGAGACUUUAAAUUUAUUAGGAGAUGCAUAUAUGAGAAUAAUGGAGCCUGAGAAAGCAGUUGAAGCCUAUGAACAGGCUUUGAAGCAAAAUCCGAAAGAUGUUGAAUUAGCAAGUAAAAUUGGAACAGCUCUUGUUAAAACUCAUAACUAUGAGAAAGCCGUAACAUUUUACAAAGCUGCUAUCAAAACUGGUGGACCUGAAGAACUACGAUAUGAUUUAUGUUCCCUCCUUUGUGUAAUUAAACGAUAUAAAGAAGCUGAAGAAAUGAUUAGUUCAGCCCUAGAAAAUGGUCGUGGGGCUGAUGAUCUGAAUUGGUUGACCAUGGAAUCAAAAUAUCUGUGCCUUUUAUCUGAAGUUUAUUCCAAAAUUGAAAUGGAAGAUCAAGCAACGAGUGCUCUCCAAAAGGCAUGGAGUGUUCAAACUCGAAUACUAAGAAAAGUACAUAUGGAGCAGUCUAAUGGUGAGGUACACCGCAAGAAAGCAAAAGAGAUAUGCUGUCAAUUAGCUAUACAUGCAUCCAGGAAAAAAGAUUAUGGAAGUGCUGUUCAGUUCUAUAGAGAAGCUCUUACCUUUGAUGAAAGUGAUACUGAAAUACUUUUGGCAUUGGCAAAGCUUCAUAUUGAGUCCCAUGAUAUCGAUGCUGCUCGACAGUACUGUGCAACUGUUUUAAGUAAGGACAGUGAAAAUAUUCCUUGCUGCUGUGUUUUCUUUAAUCUUGAAAAGAGCAAAUGGAACAUCUUUCGGUUAUUGGCUGAUAUGAUGUUUGAAGCUGGUGAUCUACAGUCUGCAAAAUUUCAAUUUCAAAAGCUUCUUGAUAUAAAACCAGACUUUUUUGAAGCUAUAGCUAGAUACAUUGAGGUGGUGCGGAGGCUUGGAAAACUCGAUAAUGCAGAAAUGUGCUUAAAAAAAGCAGAAGCAGCAACAUCAAAUGUGUCAAUUGAUCAUGGCUAUUAUUAUUGCAAAGGACUUUAUGAAUGGUAUACUGGGAAUACCUCUGAUGCUUUAAAAUGCUUCAAUAAAGCACGUACUGUACCUUUGUGGGGCCAGAUAUCUUUGUGUCACAUGAUUGAAAUUUGCAUUAAUCCUUUUGAUAAUGAACAUUUUUCUGGUGAAAAUGUUGAUGUAACAGAUGUCAUGGGACUGAAAGAAAAAUCUGCUAAUUCUGAGGAAGGUAACAUUCGUACUGCAGAAAAAUUGCUUUUGGAACUAAAAUCAAAAUAUGGGGCUAGUUUAAAUACAAGGAUUUUUCACAAUUUAAUCCGCUUAGCCAAACACUCAAAAUCUGAUGCAGAAGCUGCCUUGAAUGAUUUCUUGGAAAUUUUAGCGGAUGAAAGAUACAAGGAUCAUGCUGGUGCUAUUCUAGGCUCUGCAAUUGCUUACUUAAUCUUGAAGCAAACACCCCGAGCUCGUAAUCAGCUGAAGAGAAUUUCGAAAACUGCUUGGAAUUUCAGUGAUGCAGAAUACUUAGAAAAAGCAUGGCUACUGCUUGCUGACAUUUACAUAAAAGCUGGAAAAUUUCCAUCAGCAUCAGAAAUGCUUGAUAAAGUUUUAAUGUAUAAUAAGUCAUGUACUAAAGCAUAUGAUUUAUAUGGUUACAUUGCUGAAAAAGAGGGGAACUAUAAAGAUGCUGUUAAAAACUAUGAAAAAGCUUGGUUAUUGAGCAGUAAACUGAAUCCUGUAAUUGGUUAUAGAUUGGCAUUUAAUAAUAUGAAAGCAAAGCGUUAUGCCGAUGCAAUUGAUGUUUGCCAAAUGGUUUUGAGUAGAUAUCCAAAUUAUCCAAAGAUCAGGAAGGAAAUUCUGGAUAGGAGUCGAACGUGUUUAAGAACAUAAGGAUAAAAUAUGUUCAUUUGUAAAGUUGCAAUAAAACUCAUUGUUCAUUUUUUAUUGACAUUUAAUUCACCUUUAUUGUACAGAUGUUAAAAUGAAAUUUCCUUCAUAUCUGUAAAAAAAUAUUGUAUUUUGAAAAAAAAAUUUUGAAUUUUGAAAAAUAAA